GGAAUGCUUUGUACAGAGCGUUGUUUGUCAAUAGUUGCCUGAAGUGAUGUCAGGGGCCUAACACCAGCUACUACCAGGAGGCGGCGGAGCUGGCGGUGGGCUACCGCUGCUCCUGCCGGCACAGCAUGGGCGGGCCGCAGUGCAGCAUUGUCACGGUAGUGGUGGGCAGCGUGGCGCGACCAAGCACCGAGGCGGAGGCCAUGUCGGCGGGUCAGGUGGUGCUGGUGGUGGUGUUCAGCACCGCUAUGCCCGUGCUAGUGGUGGAAUUGGUGUUGGUGAUUGUGUGCAUGAAGCGGAAACGCGUACGUGACUGCCCGUGUCGGGAUGAGGAGGCGCGGCGUCAGAACGAGCAGAAUAUGGUGCACAACGCUGUGGGCGCCGUCAACAGUGUCUGGACCACCACAUGAUCUUCUACUCCCUAAACUUCCCCAUCAAGAAACCUCUCAAAACCGUGCCACCGCCUCCUCCCCUUGCAUCACCCACACCACACCCACCUCCACCACCAUCACCUCCACGACCACGACUACAAGAAUCCCGCGGAGAACGCAUACUCCGCAGUGCCCAUGCGCAGCAGCA